CCUCCGCUUCAUUCUUCCUCAAAAAUAGGAGAUUCUGGUGUCUGGGGCUUGAAAAAAAAUUUUGCUUUGUUGGAACUCUUGGAACGAUUGCAGAAUGGACCUGCCGGACAGUGUGGGACAACAGAAGAAGCCAUUGGUCUAUCUGGAGAGAGUAUCAUUCGUUGCGAUGAAGAUGAAGCCCACGUUGCAUCCGUAUAUUGCACUGUUUGUGCCACUCACCUGUGCGCAGACUGCUCCCAGCUUACUCAUUCUACAAAGACACUUGCAAAACACAGGCGUGUACCUCUUGCUGAUAAGCCUCAUGAGAAGACCAUGUGCUCCCAACACCAAGUGCAUGCUAUUGAGUUUGUUUGUUUAGAAGAGGGCUGUCAGGCGAGUCCUCUUAUGUGUUGUGUCUGCAAAGAAUAUGGGAAGCAUCAAGGUCAUAAGCAUUCUGUUUUGGAACCAGAAGCAAACCAGAUUCGUGCAUCCAUUUUAGACAUGGCUCACUGUAUAAGAACGUUCACAGAAGAAAUCUCAGAUUAUUCCAGAAAAUUAGUUGGAAUUGUUCAGCAUAUAGAAGGAGGAGAACAAAUAGUUGAAGAUGGAGUUGGAAUGGCCCAUACUGAACAUGUACCAGGGACUGCAGAGAACGCUCGCUCAUGUGUCCGAGCCUACUUUUCUGAUCUUCAUGAAACCCUUUGUCGUCAGGAAGAAAUGGCUCUUAGUGUUGUUGACGCUCAUGUGAGAGAGAAGUUGAUUUGGCUUAGGCAACAGCAAGAAGACAUGACCAUCCUUUUGUCACAGGUUUCAACAGCUUGCCUUCAUUGUGAAAAGACUUUACAACAGGAUGACUGCAGAGUAGUGUUGGCCAAACAAGAAAUUACAAGAUUGCUAGAGACCUUACAGAAACAGCAGCAGCAGUUUACAGAACUUGCAGAUCACAUACAGCUGGAUGCUAGCAUACCUGUCACUUUUACAAAGGACAACAGGGUACAUAUUGGACCAAAAAUGGAAAUUCGGGUUGUAACUCUAGGAUUAGAUGGAGCUGGCAAAACAACUAUUUUGUUCAAGUUAAAGCAAGAUGAAUUCAUGCAGCCAAUUCCAACAAUAGGUUUUAAUGUUGAAACAGUAGAAUACAAGAAUUUGAAGUUUACUAUUUGGGAUGUAGGAGGGAAACACAAAUUGAGGCCAUUGUGGAAACAUUAUUAUCUCAAUACUCAAGCGGUGGUGUUUGUUGUUGAUAGCAGUCACAGAGACAGAGUCAGUGAAGCACACAGUGAACUUGCAAAAUUGUUAACAGAGAAGGAAUUGCGGGAUGCUUUACUCUUGAUCUUUGCUAAUAAACAGGAUGUAGCAGGUGCGCUUUCAGUGGAAGAAAUCACAGAGCUGCUCAGCCUCCACAAACUCUGCUGUGGCCGGAGCUGGUAUAUUCAGGGUUGUGAUGCCCAAAGUGGUACAGGACUUUAUGAGGGACUGGACUGGCUUUCAAGGCAGUUAGUGGCUGCUGGUGUCCUGGAUGUGGCUUAAUUUUGAAGCAGCUGCAAUUUAAGGUUGUGGUUUUGUUUUGUUUGCACGAUUUAGGAUGUUAUAGCCAGGUCUGCUGUCUGAAGAGGGGACCUUAUUUACCUUGGGGGUUACAGGAAAACUAUAAACCUUUAUCCAAGACUGGAUAAUUG